AUGGAACCACCAGCUGCUGCAUGGCCACCCUGCGGCUUUCCGGCCAACUGGUCCUUGGAACCUGUGUGGGCUCCUGGCUUCCCCGUCGAGUCUGCAGUGUGGUUCCAGACACAUGCUUCUAGCAGCUCUAGCGAAGAGCAGCUGCAACAGCUUCAGUAUGGGGCAGCGACAACACCAAAUUUAGCUAUCCAGGAAGAAGAAGAAGCACAAUACAAGAUGGAAAUGGAGAUCCACGACCCGAUCCAAGUAUUCGCGGAAGCAGCACACGAGUUCAAGGUCGACAUCAACAUGAGGGACAUGAAGAUCCACAAGUACCCUGCAAGCAUUCAACGUCUCGGCGGCUACUACACAACCCCGACGACGGUGGCCAUCGGGCCUUACCACCACGGGAGGGACCGCCUCAAGCCGGCGGAGAAGGUGAAGCACGUGGCCGCCUACCACUGCAUCAUGGAAUCGGGCCGCUCCGUCCAAGAGAUGUACGCCGCGGUGGCCUCGGUCGCCGGCGAGAUCCGAGGGCUCUACGACAAGGACAUGGUGGCAGGUAUCGGCGACGAUGAGUUCCUGCCCAUGAUGUUCUAUGAUGCGUGCUUCCUCGUGCAAUACAUGCUCACAUGCACCAGUGGUGGCUCCGAGAUGGAUCCGUCACUGCGCAGCUACUUCGACGGAAACGAUAGCGACAUCUUCCACGACAUCCUGCUGCUCGAGAACCAACUCCCAUGGCGAGUGGUCAAGACCGUCAUGGGGUUCAGGCCGGUUCCCUUGGAGGAGUUCAUCACUUACUUGAAAGAUGGCCUGCAAGACCGCAAAUUAACCGAGAAGAAGUCUCCGGCAUUGGACGAUAGCUACGAGCCGCCGCACCUCCUCGGCCUUCUCCGAUUCUACAUUGUAGGGAGAAGCAACAUCAAGCGCACCCGCCUACCCCAAACCGAGUCCAUGUCGUUCUCUGUGAGCGCCAUCGAGCUAGCGGAAAUCGGCAUCACGCUAAAGGCCAACAAGACGAGCGAGCUCAUAGAGAUGGGCGUCAGGAACAAGCGGGCCCUCUUCGCCGAACUCUCCAUGGCGUCAUUGUCCCUAGAUCACGCGCGCGCAAGCUGGCUCGCCAACAUGGCUGCCUUCGAAGUUUGCUCCACCCCAAACUUCCAAGCGGUCGACGACGAGGAGUCCGUCGUCUGCUCGUACCUCCUCCUCCUUUCCAUGUUUGCGGACCGGGAGGAGGACGUGCACGAGCUGCGAAGGAAGCGUCUCCUGCAGGGAGGAGGAGGGCUCACCAACAAGGAGACACUCGACUUCUUCACCGGACUUCAGGGCCUGCCUCUCGGAUCCAGCUAUAUCCGCACCAUGGAAGAGAUUGAGAAUUACAGGGUCAAGAGGCGGAAGCGGACCCGGUUGCACGCGUUCGUUUACAAGAACAUGAGGAUCAUCGUUACCGUCUUCUCCAUCGUUGGUGUACUCGCAGGUAUCUUCGGCUCGCUUAUGUCCCUCAGGAGACGAUCUUAAUUUGUCUAACUUGUUUUUAGUGAACUUCCCUGCGUCUGCAUCUGCAUCUGAAUGCAAUUUGCAGUGAAAUGUUGUCCAUUUGUAUUAUUUAUUUGUCUAUUGGGCAUGGAAUCUGCACAUAGAUGUAUAUGAGAUUGGU